AUGCCCACGCUCAGUGACGGCCUGAUCAAGAACCUGAUCCAAGGCAAAGCCACUCGGCCAGUUAACGAACCGACUGUUCUCAAUGAGGGCGAAGUUUGGCACAUACGGUUGGUGGAUGUGUGGAAAAUCACGACGGAAUUUGCAACCACAAGAAGAUUGACAGAGCGGGGAUCUCAGAAUCGAUCACUAACAACCAGGGCCAAUUUCACAGAAAAUAGCAUUAACUGGUCCAUGACACCCAGUCUGAGAAAAAUGACGCUAAAGCCGAUUAUCCCUGAGAUAAACCCCCUGUUAGCCGGCCUUGGAAGACAUCCACAGCUCCCCCAAACGCCACAAUCACAUUACCAGCAAGCUCCAAACUGA